CAUGCGAAUUUGCACUUUUCGUUUUAAGUUCCAGCUCCUAUGAGUGGACUUUUAGUUGUCCCCCCCCAUUUUGAUUUCUCUGGUUCAAGCGAAAAUGUUGCUCAAAAAGUCAAGGAAGCAGAAAUUACAGAGCAAGAUUCUCUUCUUCUGACAAGAAAUCUGCUUCGAAUUGCCAUAUUCAACAUCAGUUACAUCAGAGGCCUUUUCCCUGAGAAAUAUUUCAAUGACAAAUCUGUUCCUGCUCUAGAAAUGAAGAUUAAGAAGCUCAUGCCUAUGGAUGCUGAGUCUAGAAGGCUCAUUGACUGGAUGGAAAAAGGUGUUUAUGAUGCGUUGCAAAAGAAAUAUCUUAAAACGCUCCUGUUCUGUAUCUGUGAAGAGAUAGAUGGUCCCAUGAUCGAGGAGUAUGCAUUUUCCUUCAGUUAUUCAGACUCUGAUUCAGAUGAAGUUUCCAUGAACGUUAAUCGUAGUGGAAACAAAAAGCAGGGAGCUACUUUCAAAGCUAAUAACAACGAGAUUACUCCAAAUCAAAUGAGGAGCUCUGCUUGCAAGAUGGUUCGAACUUUGGUUCAGUUGAUGAGAACCCUUGACCGCAUGCCAGCUGAGCGAACUAUUUUGAUGAAGCUCCUGUAUUACGACGAUGUGACACCCAUGGAUUAUGAGCCCCCAUUUUUCCGAGGCUGCUUGGAGCAAGAAGCUAGGAAUUCAUGGACAAAGAAUCCUCUUAAAAUGGAGGUUGGGAACGUCAAUAGCAAGCAUUUCAUGCUCGCAUUAAAGGUGAAGAGCAUCCUUGAUCCUUGUGAGGACGAGAACGAAGAUGUUCAGGAGGACGAUGCAGCCAGCUUGAUGGCGGACUCCGAUGAGGAUAAGAGCGAUGACUCUUCCUCUACUGAUAGUGAGGUUGAUCAUUCACAACAAGACCAAUUCAUCGUUGCACCAAUUCGUGCUGAAAUGCCGAUCCAAAGACGUGAUGAAGAUGAUCCUAUGGUUCAAGAAGAUGAUACUCAAGAUGCUGCAGAGGAAGGAGAAAACACUUCUCGUGUAAGAGAGUGGAUCCUCUCCAGACACACGGAUACUGUUGAUAUGACCGAUGUCCUAUCAAAUUUCCCUGAAAUAUCACUGGUUUUAACCGAAGAGAUCAUGGACAAGCUGUUAAAGGAAGGGCUUCUAACCAAAACUGGAAGAGAUGCUUACACAAUUAACAGGCAAAAGAGACCCGAUUCCAAUUUGUUCCUUGUUAAAGAAGAGAGGGACUUGCCUGGAAACCAGAGUGCUGCAAAAGGAAAAAAUGAGCCUGAGGAAGAUCACAUGUAUAUGAAGGCCUUGUAUCAUGCUCUACCCAUGGACUAUGUCACAGUAGCAAAGCUUCAGAGCAAGCUAGAUGGCCAAGCAAACCAGACCACUGUUCGCAAGCUGAUUGAUAAAAUGGCCCAGGAUGGAUUUAUUGAAGGCAAGGCUUUAAGAAGGCUAGGCAAGCGUGUUAUCCACUCAGAGUCAACUGAUAAGAAGCUUUUGGAAAUCAAGAAAGCUCUCGACAUUCAACCAUCUGGAGCGGUAAAAAAUGGGCCAGCAUCUGAAUCCAAUAAUAUGGAGGCCUUUGAAAAGGGUGUAAACCAUAUCAGAUUACCUGAAGCGUCAGUGUAUGGUGGACUGCACUCAAUUGGGUCAGAUUUGACUCGGACUAGAGCGCACCAGAGCGAAUCUACUCGGAGCGAGCAGACUUCAUGUGUGGAUGCAAAAGGGCAUCCUCGAACACCUAUGAGCAUGGCCCAGCAGCCGAUUGCGUCUAGAGAGAGUAUGAUACCGGGGAUUGCAGGAGAAGCAUUGAAUCACAGAGGCUACGGUGGUCCUGAUGCCAUCAGAUGCACCCAGCAGUCCACACAAGACAAGCGCUCACGCAGGGCUAGCAUGGUAAAGGAUCCCAUUGAGCAAUACGCCAAGCGCCCUAAGCCUCUAAUUGCCUGACCAUUCUCAGCAUUAAAGCAUUCCCUACCCUUCACUGCACCUAUCGCUACCCCCUACCCACCAUCCUCUCUCUAAAAUGGCUCGCAAACUUUGUAUAUAACAGGUAUAAGAGCCUCAUUCUUUCUCUCUCUAUGAAAGGAUAUCUGAAGAUUUCCUUCCUCUGACUUCCAAGGGAUUGCAUGAACUGUUUUCCUUUGAUAUUUUUCUUGGAUAGAAGCAUAGGCCUAUCUGCUCCUAUAUUUGCAUAAAUAUUGGAAAUGCUAUGCUUAUCCAAAGUAUAAUAGACUUGCCGCAUUGAAAAUGUAAUUGAGAAGGGAUUGUCUACAAAGAAUUUAUCUUUUGUA